GAUCAGCUUGUAAAUGAGAAUUUUGGAUUUGGAGUGAGCAGAACGACUGGCCAAUAUAAGGUGAUUAGGAUUUUAUUUGAAAAACCACUAUGUGUGGAGUUAGAAAAACCACUACAUGAGAACACACAUGAGUGCCAAGUAUACACUAUUGGAACCGGAAUGUGGAGAAAAAUUCCCCUUGGUAGCCUGCACUCUUAUCUUGACGUGCUUGGAGGGUUCCUUUUUAAUGGAAAUCUUCAUUGGAGGGUAAUUGAUAAAAUCGGAGAUGACUUGGUUGAAUGGAUUUCUUGCUUUGAUCUUGAAACAGAACUUUUUAGCACCUUUGCUACACCCUUUCAUGGAGCUUGAAAUUUGGUCGAUGAAGGAAUAUGGGAAUGAAAAAUCUUGGACAAAGGAAGUUUUUACAGGCGAAGCUUUCGGAGGACAUUUUGUACUUCAUGCUUCCCCGUUCAAAGUUUUCGAGAAUGGUGACAUCUUGCUGAAAUGUGAUGGGGACAAACUAUACUACUACUCCAACAAGACUAAAACUUACCAUGACUUCUUUAUUCGAGAAGAUUGUGAUGAGUAUAUAUCUACGACCAUGUAUACCCCAAGCUUUCUCACUCCGAAGAAUUUUGUGAUGGAGAAUGUGAGCUCAUUUUGAGCUGUGACUGCCAUUUGAUGUUUGCUGAUGAAAUACAUGAAUUGUGACUGCCAUUUGAUGUUUGCUGAUGAAAUACAUGAAUGGUGAGAGACAAACCUCUUGUUGGAUAUGCAUUGGAAUUGGUGCAACUCUUUUGCUAAGAUAACAUUAGUUUUAUUUGUGAUAUGGAGUAGCUUUCUUGCCUUAUUAGUUUUACUACUGAUUAACAUUUAUCACCCCUUUUUGGUCUUGUAAAUCAUAAUUAAUCGAUCACUUAAAUAACAUCUUUAGGCCAUUUGGUAUAUUGGAAAUAUGAUACUUAUCUUCUUUGUAGUACAUUUUUUCAUAUGAAUCAUUAUUUUAUUUCAAA